UCUAUAGCCCUUUUCGGAAACUGCAUUUAUCCGCCCUUAGGUACUCUUCAAAGGAGAUAAGAAUAGACGCGCAAAACGCACACCUGCACUUCCGGGUAGUAUAUUGCUGAAUACAGAACGUUCUAAAUUAUUAUCGAUAAAUCGACAAAAGCAGACAUGCCUUCACACCAACGAUACUGUUGUAUAUGUAAAAACUACGGCGAAAGGUAGUUGAUGGAAAGAAAGUGUCAAUGCAUCGAUUUCCAGCUGAUUUGCGUGUAAGAAAGGUGUGGAUUCAACGUUGCAAGAACACUCGACCUAAUUUUGUGUUUGUAAAUAGUGAUCAAACCAGGAUGUGUGCUGUGCACUUUAUCGGACGUUGUGGGCCAACAAAAGGAAAUCCUCUUCCUUGUUUCUUCCCAAAGGCAGAAGGUGGUGAAAAAGUGUACAAGCUCUGGACAAUGGAGAGUGUCGCAGACAUAGACUUAGUUGACAAGCACUGAAGAAAAUAACGACACUUCCGAGAUGGAGCUGACAACUGACAACCGGUCACCAGACAUGAGCUUUGAGAAUGACGCUGAUGGAAUACCAGUUGAAGGCAACGAAUCAAUACUUGAUAUAUCACUAAGGCUCCAUGACUAUGGACAGUUCAGACCAGUGCCUUCCAUAAUUCGCCAUCAGUGCCAACAGGCACAGCCACAUACUGUUUCUGUCUCCACGCAGACAGAUGAAACUAGAAUUCCAAAGACGACAUCAACACAGACUCCAUUAGUGGAAACUGCUUCUAAUGGAUGUCAGGCGACAAGACCAGCAUUCACCUUUGAAGAUGUUACAGACGACAACAGUAAAGUCCUGUUUCUUCACUGGAAUACCAAACCGCGGGAACUUUUAAGUGUUUGUUUGAUGAACUUGAAAGUGAUCAAAGAAGAGGGUCUUAGGUUUCUAAAUCAGCAUGUUGCAUUUGAUAUAUUUCAUCAACAACUACUGUGUAUGAAAAAUCCUAUGUGGUUGCCAACUGUGCAUUGUGUAAAUGUGUUCAAGAUUGUUCCAUACAGCAAGAAAGAAUGA